UCGCUAUCCGUCUCCACUUCUCAUAGUUCGGAAUCCUACUCCUACGUGCCCGUCGAGAUCGCUGAGAAUCUGGACUAGGCCGCCUACCAAAAAGAGAUUCAAGCCAAUUGUCAAGGAAGACUACUCGGACAAGUAUGACUACCAUGGGAUGAUGAGCACAACGGACUUGCUGGACAUCGGGGGUCCUUCAGAGAAACCACGCGAUCCACUACGAGACACCUUGCAAACGGAGUUCAUCUCAAUUCUUCGAAGCGGCCAACCGGACCUGGUGAUAAAUGCGCUCACUGACCCUCGAUUCAGCAGCCUGGUAGGAGCCAUGCCAGAGACCACCUUCGUCGAGGCCUUCCUGCUUCUCUCUCCGGCUUACUUCGUCGAGCCCUAUCGAGACAUUCACCGACCGCUCCAUCCAACCGCGGAACAAAGCAUGGAUAUCAGGCCAUUGCAGGAAAUCUUCGACGAAUUCGCCAGCAAGCUCGCACGAAUCAUUCGUCUCCGGGUUUCCACAGGCCAAAUUCCAGGCCUGGCGGAGUUCACCCACUUGCUCGCUUGCGCAGCCGCCAUGGGGGAUCCUCAGAUGGCACAAAGCGCAUGGCAGGCCAUGCAAUAUCGUAGGGUGGAGCCCGAUACCCAGUGCUAUAACCAUCUCAUGGAGGCCUUGAUCUGGGAUGGGACAUUCACGGGGUUGAGAAAAUACCGCCUGAGAGUGACCCGUUUCGCUUACAAAAUGCGAAAAAACGCGCCCCCCGAUUCAGGCUGGUCGGGAUACGGCACCGCAGCACGCAGCGUGCUAAAGUCGGUACGAGUGGUAUUCAACGAGAUGAUGGCCAAAUCCAUCCCGCCGGAUGAGACGACCUUUGUCAACAUGAUGCUUGCAUCUUGUCGCACAGGUUGGGUUCCGGGGAUCAAGGCUGUUCUGAAAGCCGCUUGGAACAUAGAUGUCGACGGACUGUUGACAGCAAGCGACCCGUCGAGCUCAUCCGAUAUCUACCACACCGACCCUGCUUCAGCCCUUCAUCCCACGAGUCGACUUCUGUUUGCGGUAGCUCACGCCUUCGGAACAAAUAACGACAUCAGAGCUGGACUUCACUUGGUAGAAUUCAUCGCAGACCGAUACAAUAUACCAAUUCCCGAGAAGGUUUGGCUUGAAUUGUUCGAGUGGACGUUUGUCUUGUCCCGUCCCAGAUUCGGCCCCGACGCCGAGGAACAGAAGAAGAUGAAGAUCAAGCCACGUUUCGUGACUCAACUGUUCGAUACAAUGACUGCAGAGCCAUACAACGUGCGUCCCACGAUUGAUGCGCGCCUCAAGGUCGCUAAGUUGGCGUGGGACAGUCGGAUUCUGAAGAAAUACAUGCCACAAAUGUAUGCUGCAUAUGAGAUCCUGAUGGAGACACGUCAAAGGAGAUGGGAGGCGAGAUCAGCCAUCAUGGCAUCUAUGAAGCGGCGCAGGCUACAUAAAAGUCACGCAGAUUGGCAGUCGCGAGACUUGGCCAACGCAAUCCACACCUAUGAUAUCCUCAGACUGCGCACAGCCCAACAGACUGAGCUGGUGAGAAAGCUCGCGAGAAACAUGCUGAUCAACAAGCUAUGGACGGGUCGAGACAACCCUGCAUGGUUCAGGACCCUGUUUCCCCAAGCGCUAGAAGAAUGGCGCGACUUUCUCCCAGAGGAUUUCCACUUGAACACCCGUAGCGGAGUAGUUCAUUUUGUUGGGAAAAUUCGCUGGGGUAGCCGGAACCGUUACAGUGGAAAGCGAAUUCCUAUUCGACGGCCCACACCCUAUAAUGAUGUCGAACCGGGUGACGAGGUCAAUUAUCUUGACGACGAGUUUCUUUGGGAAGCUCUCUUGCGUCUCGAGCCCAAUAUCGAGCCAACUUCUGCAUCCCUUAGGCGACUAUUCGAGCCGGUUCUAGAGAGAUACCGUCGCACAGAAGACAGUCGACCAUGUUGAACAGCAAUUGGAACACAUUCCUAUGUAAAACUUCCCGCUCUGUCUUACAGCCAACUUGGCGCCUUGUGUUCCAUGUCUAGGCGUCUGACCUGUUUUGAGCUCUCUCUCUCUUUCUUCGUUUUAGAAGCGUUUUCUAACGUCACCUCUCAGCAACCUAGUCCUUUGCGUACGGUUCAUGAUGCAUGUGAUUUGAGCGUUUUUGAGACUACCCCGUCCAUAGUGACACGUUACAAUUUGUUUUCUAAAGCAUCGAUGAUGGUGACAGACGACUACUCCAGAAACUAUAUGGUCUGACGAAUAUUCGGCCUGUGUGGAUCGGAGUAUCUAUACGCCCAACAUCCCCAGGCGUCCCAGUAUGUAAGUUUUGAGCGUU